CUGACGCGAGGGCAGACAGUGUCUUCAUUACGUGCUGUGACAUCGGGGAACAUCAACCCCUCCGCGUCAGACCCCACGUAGUCAACACUGAACGCCGACGCAGACGAUUUUUCCACGCGGUCAAGUGUGCACUCGCUGUCACUGAAACCGGUGAAGUAGACUUGAGCGUCAGGACUGAUUGCGAGCCACAGAUGGGGGGUUGUUGUGCAUUACGAAAAAGCCAAGAGGACAGUAUGUAUUAUUAGCAUAUUCGUGCUUAUAAUCUUCGACCGUGCCCGACAUGUCUGUAACGAAAAUGACUGACAGCUGGAUUUUAAACGAACAAUAGAAACUUAUGUUUAAUAUGAAAAACCUAUGAAAAACCUGAAGAACCUAUGAAAAUGUAUACGGCCGGACACUGUCCCGAGAUCCACUGGUUGAAUUUGUUUUAUCUGGAAAAUUUACUCUGCCCUUCGCCUGUGUUGCUUGACUAAACAGGUGGUACACCCCGAUUUGGUCAAACGGGGAAACCGAUGAUUCUGUAGGCUAUUCCACCGCGGUCCUACCCACCAGUUCAACUGUCAAUACGCAUGGGGCUACCAGGGGAUGAUGUACCCUGGGGCUGGACCACUCGGGCUCGUUGCCAGGAGGAUGUGGACCCGGAGAGGGAGAAGCGAUGGGUCGAAAUGUUUGACGAACUGGACUUGAACAAUGACGGAGUAAUCGAUAUCCACGAGCUCCGUACUGGUUUGGCGAAGCGAGGGCUCUCCCGCCGCGCUGUGGACCGGCAGAUCGUCAAGGAGGGCGACUCCAACAACGACGGGGAGCUGGACUUCAACGAAUUCUGCCAGUACCUCCGCUCCCAUGAGGAGGAGCUCAGGGUCAUGUUCCGUAGCCUGGAUCGCAACAAUGAUGGUGAGAUAGAUGUGUCAGAGAUCCAGAACUCCCUCCAGUCUCUGGGAAUAGCUGUGAGCCAGAGACAGGCUGCAAAGAUCAUGAAGAGUAUGGACAGGGACGGAAACAUGACCAUCGACUGGGACGAGUGGCGAGAUCACUUCCUGUUCAACCCCAUUCACAGCCUGGAGGACAUCUCGCUCUACUGGAAACACUCUCAUAUGCUGGACAUUGGAGACAACCUGACGUGUCCUGACGAGUUCUCGGAGCAGGAGAAGAAGUCGGGGUUCGUCUGGAGACAGCUGAUGGCCGGAGCCAUGGCUGGAUCCGUCUCCCGGACUGGCACCGCCCCCCUGGACCGCAUCAAAGUCUUCCUGCAGGUGCACGGUUCUACCCCGGGGAACCCAGCGGGGGCGCUUGGGGCGGGGAACAUCAUCAGUGGGCUGAGGGCCAUGGUGAAGGAGGGGGGCUUGGGUUCCCUGUGGAGGGGCAACGGGGUCAACGUCCUGAAGAUCGCCCCGGAGACCGCCAUCAAGUUCUGGGCCUACGAGCAGAUAAAGACGCUGUUGCGGGGCAGUGAAAAGAGGGGUCCUCUGAAGGUUCACGAGAGGUUUGUGGCCGGUUCCCUGGCAGGAGCCACCGCCCAGACCGCCAUCUACCCAAUGGAGGUGCUGAAGACCCGUCUGACCCUGGGCAAGACCGGUCAGUACGGCGGCGUGUUGGACUGCGCCAGGCAGAUCCUCCAACGGGAGGGAGUCAGGGCCUUCUACAAAGGGUACUUGCCCAACAUCAUCGGCAUCGUGCCCUACGCUGGCAUCGACCUUGCCGUCUACGAGACCAUGAAGAACGCGUGGCUCGCCAGGCACACAGGCUCAGUGGACCCGGGAGUCUUCGUGCUGGUGGGAUGUGGAACCAUGUCCAGUACCUGUGGUCAACUGGCCAGCUACCCUCUGGCUCUGAUCCGGACUCGGAUGCAGGCCCAGGCCUCGGUGAAGGGCGGCCCCCAGCUCUCCAUGCUGGGUCUGUUCCAGAACAUUGUGACCCAGGAGGGCGUGGCAGGGCUCUACCGCGGCAUUGCCCCCAACUUCCUGAAAGUCAUCCCCGCCGUCAGCAUCUCCUACGUUGUCUACGAACACAUGAGGUGGAGAAUAGAGAAGACUUUGGGAUAGGCUGACACUACCGGCAUGUCGUGUGGUCGAUGGGACUUUGUAAGCCUCACAGACAAGCGACUGGAACCACACCACCAACUGACGUUCAUGAGCUUCUUCGUAACGGACCAGGGCCAUUUCUUUUUAAACUUUUCCUACUUAAAAAAAAGGACCAGUAGCGUGAUGGCACAUCCUGGAGAAAACCAGUAGAGGAGGAAGAGGAGGUGUUGAAGACUUGCUUACAGUCAACCAAAGGGAUUACGAUGUGUUUUUGGACACAGAUUUUAUCACAUGUGAUUUAAAUUAUUAUGUUGUGAACAGACUCCUACUGUACUUAUUAGCAUCUGAUGCUAUUGUGCAAGAUGUUAGUUCAGUAUUUUUAUUUUAUUUAUAAUGAAAGUUCAAAUGCUUUGGGGAUAUUUUAGACAGCCAUAUAAGAAAUGAACACAGUACUGUAUUCAGCGUUGUAAAAUUCCUAUGAUUUAGAUGAAAUUCCCAGAUUUUCCAGAAAUCCUGUUUUGAAUAUUCCUGGAAUCAGAUGGAAUAAGCACAAACACAGGAAUUCUUAAGCAGGCAUAUCAGGAAAACCUAAGAAAAUUACCUGAUUUUGCAGUCCUCAAUGUUUUUCCCCCUAAAUCUCCGGGUUACAUAAAGCUUGAGAGUCAACAAACA